AACAAGGCCACUGACCAGUCGGACUAAUCUUUCAUCGCUCACUGCUCAGAUCCCUCCCCCCCAAAAAAGGACCCUAAGACCGUCAGGGUCUCAGGGACCACAUGCUUACGCAAUGGCCCGCCCCAGUCCAUGUCAUUUGCGCGGCGGAUGCACUCCUUACUCACUCUGGCAGUACACUCAGCCACGCUAGGAAUCCCAGGAGCUUGUGCGUUGUCUAUCAUUGCCUAGAACGCGCAAGUGAUGGCCAGACCUUCACAUACAAAAUACCUAACCCAUGCUCACUUGCCAAUCAAUGCGACGGAAAACAAGGGUCGAGGAGACCGGUGAUCACUGGGGCCAUUUCACUGGGCGGCUCUGGCCGCAGGAUUUCGAGGUUGUGGUGGUGUAUUAUUCGCAAUGAUGUCUCGAAGCCACUCCCCGGUUGCGUCCCUCGUUUGUUGUCUUUCUUUCUUUCUUCUGCUGCCCCCUUGAUGUGAAGGGUUGUUGGAGCCAUCCGACUCUUUCGCUUAAUCUGAUCCCAUCUGUCUGCGCGGCUUCAGGUGUUGAUAUGACCUUCUGUCGUUGCAAUUGAAAUAUGACCUGCGCUCCUUAG